AAAUUGCAGAUUUACCUAAGUGUACGCCAUCUGUUUGUGACAACAUCCAACAUUGAAUUUUAAAUUCUAAUAUGAUAUUCAAGAUGGAAUUUGACAACUUUGAUUUAAACAAACCGUUUCAACCGUUUCUGCCAAAUAAAUAAAUAAUUGCAGUGAUCAGAAAAGUGAUUCAAAAAGUUUAUUUUACCAUAAGUUGACAUAAUUCACAUAUAUGAAGAAUCGAUUGUUUGGGAGUUAAAGAGAGGAUGACUUCAAUCGACGAAAAAGCCAGUAAUUUUGAGCACAAAGAUGAAACACUACAUCAAGUAGUUGCGAAUAUACUAAAAAAGAUCGAAUUACUUAAGGAUUUCGUAUCACUGUAUCUGCGUAGGAAGGAGGUCGGUCCGGACAUUAUUGAACUGGAAAAUAGGCUGCCGAAUGCCCAACAGUUACUCUUCGAAUGUAAUGCAGUUCUGAAGUCUUUCGAGACGACUGUAGUGAAGGAAUAUGCAGAGUUAUUGGAAACUAUGAGAAGGCAACAGAUGGCUAUGUUAUUUCUUCUCGGUGAGAUCCAAAAGAAAUCACAUUCUACGCGUGAACUCAAGGAGCGAUCACCACUCCUGAGUGUGAAGCAAAAGAAUAAUCAGGUUGAAACGCCGCGGCUAUAUCUCUCACAAUACCAACAGUCUCCAUACAUCGCAAAAAUUCGUCCAGUGGCGUUAUACUUUCUCGAUUUCGAGGCGACAAUUACCCUCGAACAGUUCAACAAUAUACCUAAGUACCUACGUGGUCGGGAAACUUGUGAUCAACUGAAAGCCUUCCUAGAGGAUGUGAUUGUUCCUUGCUUUACGGAGAAGUACCAACUGCUGCAUCGCAAACGAGAAUGUAUAACAAAUCCACGUGAUCGGGAACUUUGGAAACUAUAUCGUGAACAAGUCUCAUACUUUCCAGGAGAAAAAUUUGUAACACAAGGGGAUAUUUCGCGAAAGAUAGAAAAAGUUGUCGACAAAAAGAUGUGCACACGGAUCGCCAUGUUGCGGCAACUGUGUAUUUUACAAGAACAAAGAAAGGCGUCGGUCGUUUGUUAUAUUUGGAUAGCUAAUAAUGAAGCCCAAAUGUAGAUCAAAAGGCUGUAGAGAGGAUAGCAAUAUUUAUUCAACUACUCAAAUAUAUACAACACUACUUUUGUUUAAAUAUACUUUUAAGAGUUUCA